CUCAUCUUCUCAUCUCCCCUUCUCAUCCCAUCUUCUCAUCUUUUCCUUUCUUAUUAUCUACUCUUCUUUCUUUCUUUCUUCUUUCUUUCCUUCCGUCCUUCUGUUUAUUUUCUCAUCUCCCCCCGCCCCCAUGCUUGUUCGCCCUCCGUUGUCUCUCGCCUACUCCGGAAUUCCGCCCAUCCUCGUGCAACCUUUUCUUCUUUCCCACCACCUCCACUGCCACUACCAACCGGGAUCUUGUUUUGACACCUCAUCUUAAUUUGCUUCUUCCUUCCUCCUCGUUCCCCUCCUCCUCUCUCCCCUCUUCCGGCUGGUCCUCCCCUCCCCCGUCGCUCAGAAUGGCCAACUACCAUAAUGGAGGCCAGAUCUACGGUCAAUCUGGGAACAAUCAGCCGUCCGGCUAUGAUGCGUACAACUCCCAGGCCGCCAGUCCGCCGCUUCGACGCAUGCCAAGUUACAACGUGGGGGACGACGCGAGUCUCUUCGCUUCCUCCUCUGCCCACAACUCCAGAGUAACUGAUGCGAACAGUCGAUAUUCUGGUCUCUCAAAUGUUGGCGAACAACCAGGAGGCUACAGUCUUACCGGGACUGCGCGCGACGAUUAUGCCGACCCCCGGUACUCCCACAUCCCAUCGGCUACUUCGCCGCAAAUUCCCCCCCGAACUCGUACCCAGUCUCAGUCCAGCUAUCAAUACCAGUAUACCUCCUCGAUAGGUCCCACGUCGCCUACGCAACUGUCCUACAACCCGCAGCAAUAUGCGAUUCCCGCGACUCCCUCCCAACCGCAGGCCGGAUACAGCACGCUCUCAUACUCCGCUAGUACAUACAACAACAGCAACAACAAUAAUCAUCAUAAUACCAACGCCUUAUUGACCGCACAUCAGCCGUAUAACCCGGCUGCAUAUCAAACAACUAGCAUUGGGGGCUUAGGGUCUCCGAUACUGCAACGUCAGUCGAGCAUGGUAUUCGCCCAGACCCCCAUCACACCUCAUCCAUUCGGAUCGUCGCACUCACAGUUGCCUCCACCACCUCCGCCUCGCAGCUCGGACCAUCCUUACGGGAGUCGAUCCUCCUCCCAAUUCCCGAGCACCUCCCCAGGGACGCAGUUCGGUUUUCCUACGCAACAAUCCAUCCCGUCCUCCCUUAACACCUCGUCGUACAGCGUAAUUUCUCCUCCCGUUCCAAGCACAGCUUAUGCCCCUGGCAGUGGUACUCUAUCGGCUACGAGUAUGAGUUCUAUGAGUUCUCGUACCUACGCCGGCGCUGCACCGACCCCUGCCUACAUGUCGCAGUCCCCCCUGACCCCGUCUGUUGACGAAGAGCCGCCAGAGCCCCCAGCGCAUCUUUCCUCCCCCGAUGACUCCUACAGCAAACCGCAAAAUUCUUUGCGUCUCGGCCCCGGACGAUCGCUUCCCACUCCUCCAAUAUAUCAAGGGCAACCACCCCUAUCACCUCGCAGAACCGAUACCCUAACAAGACACCCCCAAUCGCGGCCGCUGCCAGGACCCCCCAUCGAUGCGGACGAGAGGCGGAGCUCGUACUCGAAUGGCAUGUCAAACGACGUGCACCACGCCGCCGACCAACCAACGGGCUGCGAUGACUUGAUGCAGGAGGUGGAGGCCGCUUUCCCAGAUGCUUACUGGACUGGUGAAUAUCGCCCUCGUCAACGGCCACUACACAUCGAUACGCAGGAUUCGGCGGAUAGAGUUCCCUCAACAGAGCCUCUUUACUCUUCCUCGGCUUCAUUGGGCACGCACAUAUCCCCUGAUGAGAGCCAUACACAUACGAACGGCAGCAUCGCCACCGGCACUGGUCAGUAUGUCAACUAUGAUGCCUACAGCGACGAAAGCGACGCGGAAGCGGAGGCGGGACUGGCGAUGCUGCGAAUGGCCGACGAGGAGGACCGUGUGCAUGCAGAACGUAUGCAGGAACGAUCAAGACGCGAGACAAAUGCCUCUACUGCCAGCGCAUACGGGGGCCGCCCCUCCAUCCCCGCGUCGCCACCUUCCCAUGACGCCCAUUCAGAAAGACUUCCGUCGUACAGUGGUAAUAGCUAUCGCGGUAAUUCUCCUUUUGAGGAUGGAACUCUUCACGCAAAUCACUUCGCGGGUGACUUGGAGCAUAGCGAUCGCCCUGUGCUGAAUUCCACAUCGCGGCACAGCUCUAAUGCGUCGCGCCAUGAUGAUCAAACGCCGUACUCGGAUGAGUAUUAUUAUCCGCCGAUCGACGAUGACUACGCAUAUUCUUUACCUCAGUUCGAAUCAAAUGCACGAGUUGACGCGGGCGGUACGGGUGGAUUGUCUGAACCGAACGCAUACGGGCGUCGAAUGAGCUUCGACUAUGGAGAUGAGACCGACGGGUCCAUGUCGCACAUACGGCAUUCGCAUCACUCGGGAAGCGAGGGCUCGGAGGGUGGUGAAGAACCUGGUGAUCUCUUCUUCCACCCAGGAAUGCGCCCGCUGCCUCCUCCCCCAGAGGAACCCGCCAACAAUGCGACCCUGAUCCCACACCUGAUGCCCGCGGGUACAUAUCGCCGCCCGGAAUCAGGGGGAAACCAGAGCGUUCAACAGUAUAACCCCACCCACUUCUCUAUUGCUUCUCCAGACUCAUAUGGAUCGACUGUGCCUAGCCCAAUUCAAGUUCCGCGGUCAACGUCCUUAUCGAGCCAUCCCAUUGGACCUCGUACUGACCCCCCUAUCAGAUCCAAAACCGAUGCAGACAGGGCAAAAUACAAACAACAGCAGGAGAUGCUGCGCCAGCAGCAGCAGCAGUCAGCGUUUAAGCUGGACCAAUCCCUGGCCACCUCGGGGGUGGCGAUGACUCUUGACCUGCCUGCCAUCCCCGCUGGACGUCGCAAGAAGUUCCACCCGGCCAAAUUAUCGUCGGAGGAUUUCCGACGCUGCCCAGAACCGUGGGCGCUUAGCGCUGUUCUUGAUUGGAUUCGAGAUUUGACCGAAGAUGAGACUGACCUCAAGGAACAGGCGAUCGUCGAUGCUAUUGUCGCGUUAUUCACUCACAAGGUUCCAACGAUGAAUACUGCGGACGCAGAAAUGCUCGCCGCACGUGUGAUUCAGAACAUGCUUGACAAUGCGGCCUUGGUUCAAGAUGAGGAAUGGGUGAAGCUCAGCAGCGGAACUUUGUCGGGAGUCCUGUUUCAGGUCACUGGGACGGGGUGCUACUCAUCCCAGUUGCACGAACAGGAGACAGAGGUCAUUGGACGAUGCUAUUCACACCACUGCAUGCGCACAUUGAAGAAAGUCAACUUGAGAACACAGGUCAUGGAACCACGGAAAAAGGCAGAAGACUGGGUCACGUUCUACAGGGUGCCGAAAGAAGUCUGGGAGUCGCAUCCGAAGAAGGAGAUUGACCGCCAGAACAAUCUGCAUGAGAUUGUCACAACUGAGGAUUCCUUCAUUGAGCAACUCGAUGUCCUAAGGGAGCUGUAUCGUGACCGACUAGCUACAUCGGAGCCUUCUAUCAUUGCACCAAAACGCUUGAACAAGUUCUUGAACGACGUGUUCGGAAAAGUGGACUUGGUUAAGAAGGUCAACGAGGACCAUCUCUUGGCGCAGCUGAAAUACAGGCAGAAGGAGCAAGGGCCUUUUAUUGCCGGAUUUAGUGACAUAUUUCGAGAAUGGAUUCGAAAAGCAAAGGCCGUUUACAUUAGCUACGCGGCUACAUUCCCCUACGCAAACUAUCUCAUUCGCAAAGAAGCCGAAAGGAAUACCGUUUUCCGACAGUUUCUGGGCAAUGUUCGAGAUCACAAGCUGUCAAAUCGUCUCAGCUGGGAUACUUUCCUCAAGGCACCGAUCACUCGAAUCCAGCGAUACACUCUCUUACUCUCAACUGUUCACCAUAACAUGCCCAAGGAUUCGGAAGAAAAGACCAAUUUAGCGCAGGCCAUUGAGGAGAUCAAACUCGUCGCCUUGGAGUGCGACAACAAGGUUGGCGAAAUGAGUAAAAAAGUCGACCUCAUGGAGCUUGCCACUAAACUACAACUCCGUCCAGAGAUGAAAAAGGAGGUUGAACUGAAUCUAGAGCAUCUGGGCCGGGAGGUCGUUUUUCGUGGAGAUUUACAACGACCAGGGUCCCGAACAAGAUUCUUAGUUGACACCCAUGCGAUCCUCUUCGAUCACUAUCUUGUUCUCGCUAAGUUAUCCACAAUGAGAGACCCUAAUCGCACAAUCAAGUAUGAGAGUUACGACGUUUCGAAACUGCCGAUCCCGAUGGACCUCUUGGUGCUCGAAAGUACCCAAGAGGAUCCUGUCGUGAAAUCGGCUGUGAGAGGGGUUGUCGCUACUGCCCCAGCAGCCCAGUCCGCUCAACGUGCAGGUGGUAACGGCGCUUUAGCGCAUACUAGCAGCGGUAACUCAGCGACCUCUGGCAAUUCAAACUCAGGAAAGGUGUUGGUCCCGACCACUGUACUGGAAACCCCAAAGGAUGACAAGAUUCUCUAUCCUUUCAAGAUUAAACACCUUGGCCUGGAGGGGACGUAUACUUUGUAUGCCUCUUCCUCGCAGAAUCGAAAGGACUGGUGUGAUAAAAUUAUUGAGGCGAAAACUAAGCAUGCUGCUGCGUUAUUUGCACAGAAUGCAGAACCUUUCCGACUCCGUGUUUUGGCAGACACUGCAUUUGGGAAUUCAGACAAUUCUCCCCCUUGCAAGAGUGUCACCAUCAAAGGCACUCCACUUGACCGUGCAAUUAAAGAGGUAGACAAGCGAUACUCUGUCUCGAAAUCUCGCCCUCCACCGAUUUGCCGAGCCUCUGUUCAUUGUGCCACCGUUUUCCAACAGCCCCCAGGCCGAACUAUGUGCGCUAUUGGAACUGAUUAUGGUGUUUACAUCUCCGAAUACAAUGACCCUAGAGGCUGGACCAGGGCAAUUCCUAUUGUUCGAGUAACACAGAUCGCGGUCUUCGAGGAGUUCAAUAUCUUCCUGCUCAUCGCCGAUAAGUCCUUAAUUGCAUAUCACCUCGAUGUCGUCUGUCCCGCAAGCGGCGUAUCUACGCAAGCAACCAACGACUCAGCCCGUCGUGCGCCGCAGAAGCUUUCUGGAAAUCGUGAAGUUGGCUUCUUUGCUGCCGGGCAAAUGAAAGAUCGCACCUUAGUGAUGUACAAGAAGCGGGACGGGCUGUCGUCAACAUUCAAGAUCUUAGAACCCGUAUUGCAGAAGUCAGCAACUAGCCGGGGUCGGUUCUUCCUUUCGCGCCGGUCUCAAACCGAGUUCUUCCGUGAAUACGAUGAGUUUUACAUUCCCGCGGAAAGCUAUGGGAUUAACUUGUUCCAUUCGUCCCUCGCCAUCUCUACCCAGAAAGGUAUCGAGAUUCUCACUCUUGAUAAGAAGCAAACAUGGUCUGUGCCUGAGUUCCGAACCGAAGCUCAAGAAGUGCAGGCCCAUCUCAGCAGUAUCGCUCAUCGGAUCAUCAACCUGCGGCCCCUGGGUAUGUUUCGCCUCAGCGAUAGCGAGUUCCUUGUCACGUACACAGAAUGUGCUGUAUACGUCAAUCAGCACGGAGAUGUGUCCCGCAGUGUGGUUAUGGAGUUUGUGGGACGUGCUCACUCUGCCUGCCUUUAUGGUCGGUUUUUGCUCUUAUUUAACGAUGAUUUUGUGGAGGUGCGCAAUGCUAUGAAUGGGCGUUUGCGACAGGUUAUCCCAGGUCACAAUGUUGUCUGUCUAGAUGAUGGAAGCCGACUCCCUGGAUCAGGUGCAAACAGCAUUCCCACUAGCAACGGCGGCACUGUUAAUCUUUCAAGUGGCCAGUCAAAUGGUGCAUCUUUGGCCAACCAGGGCCGUACGGUCAAGAUUUCCAUGCAACACCCUGAGUAUGAACGGUGCCAGGUUAUUCUUGAGCUGAUUGAGAAUGAUGGACAAAAAGACUAAGCUCCCAGUUUAAUUCUCCUGCCAUUCAACCCUUGGAUUUAAGCAUGUCUACAUUUGACCAGCUAAUCCUAUGAUUGAUAUUAGUUAUGUCUUUAUCUACAAUGGUUUUUUUUUUUUUUUUUCACCCCCUGUCUGUUGACAUGUGUUUCAUUCUUAUUCCUCUUCAUCCCCCCUUUUUCUUCAAUGCACCUACCUCAUAGGUCACGAGUAUAUCUACAUACCUGUGGGGCCGUGGUAUGCCUACUAAACUACUUAUUUGCAGAUUACUGUUCUUUUUU